AGUUGCAAACUUAGUGCAGUGCCAGAUUCAAACACUGCAAGAUCGACGACAAUAUGUUAGCAAAUCUGUUUGGCUUGCUGCUCCUCGUUGUUUUUGCCAACGCGGCCCCGUCGGGGAAGAUAAUAGGUCGUAUUGAAGGAGGUACCUUUAGUCUGACGCCUCUUGAUGGUGACAAAUACUUACUUAAAACUACCCGGAAUGGAAUUGCAAAAGAAGAGAUCGUGACACAGACCAAUCCUGAAGUGUUUCGAGUGAGGUGCUACACCGUCGAGUCAAUUCCUUACGGAAGCUUUAUUAUAACCUAUGAUCAAUCUCUCAAGGUGUAUAAUGCGAGCUUUUAUUGUGAAAAGACAGAGUUUCCAUCUGGACGGGGUGGUGGUACUCUAAGCGGAGGUUGUUUAAAAUGUACUACAGGUUAAAAUAUCUUACAAGUUUGAAAGCAUUUCAAAAAUUGUGCUCAUGCAUAUUCAGAUUAGUUUUAUGAAUUGUUGUUGCCUUUAUAUCAAUAUGAAAUAGUUAAAUAUUUUGCUAAAAAAUGGGAAGAAUGAAGAUUCAAAUUUGCAUAAGAAUUUUAUAUAGAAUUUUACUGUUGAUAAUAGCUUUGCCUGAAGUAUAAAAGCGAUAAUUAGAUGUUAUUUACAGUUCGACUCUGUUUGGCUUGAAAAUUUAAAUAAAAAUGUUACAAUUUUAACAGGUAUUCAUUCAA